AUGCGGUGGUUCCAGAAGGGCGAGCCGCCGCGGCUUCUAGCCGUCACGCCAGACGAGCCGCGGCCCACGCGUCGGUCAAGAAUCGAUCUAUCCCCAGUGCGCUACCCAAAUCGGAAAAGUAGCAGCAGCUCGGUGGAAACCAACUUCUACAACCUAAGCGAUCAAAUAAUAAUCGUUGAAAAAUCUCCACAUCGAUGUCAUCGCGGCGAGACUCCAGUUAGUCGGCGCAUUUCGCUACAAAACGGCCCCACUUCACCACAGGAAAGUUAUAAUACAUCGCGCAAAAACCGCGGAGGCUCGCUAGAGAAAGAGUAUAUGGUUUGUCGAGAAAAGCGAAACCCGUUGCUCGAUAAAGUCAAGAACACUAAACUAUCUUGCUUCAAAUCGAACGGUCCAUUGCGGCACGGAGAUGAUGCCGCCUCUACGUCUGGAAGUGAUUGUAGUGGAUUUGGACACGUAGAAGAUGUCACUAAUUGUCGAUAUCCAAACAAUUACGCUGACAGCCACAUUGAAUUCGAAAAUCAUAAUCCUUGGGUCAAAAUGCCCAACUACGACGAUGAUGUCUUUUUCGUCAAAAAUAUGACUAGUCCGGUUGAGUGUCAAUGGAGGGAAGGCAAAUCAUUUACCAACAGAGGCACUCGAUGUUACAGCUCCGGUUCAGAAUGUGAUCGAUAUCAUGCAAUACCUAAGGCCGGAGCUAAACUUUCUAAAUCAAGCGAUCAAAUAUUUAACGAUGACUAUGAAGCAUACGGUGAUGCACCCAUAGCACUCAACCCACAAAAAAAGACUGAUAAAUUUAAGACUAAGGACGGAAAAGAUUCUGUAGGGCCCAGUUCAUGCCUCUCGGCGAAAUUAAGAGCUAUGUCAGAUAGAUACCUCAAGUCAUCUACAAACCGAUUUUUAUCAAAGCUUUAUAGACAAGCUGGUGAAAAUGACGAAGAGGUAAACGGCAGCAAUGAUAAUAUUUUGAAUUUAAAAACAACUAGUUCAGCUACUAAGAGUCGCAAGAAACGAGGGGGUGUAAAAGCAAAAUUACGCAGUUUUUCAUAUGGCGCUCUACCUGGUUUAGAAGAGUUCCAAAAAGGCCAUUCGGUAUUUCAUGAUGAUGUAUAUCAAAUAUCAUGUGAUGAUGAAAACGUCCUAAUACAGGAUUGUGAAGACGCUGACUCAGGCAUCCUUGUUAAUGAAUCUGCUGCCUCUUCUAUUUUCGAUAGUGACAGAAUAUCGUCACGUUGUGAAAGUUCGGCCUCACAAGCUAAUACACUCCAUCCUUGCCAUGGAAGAAGUGUUUCUGGAGACCAAAGCUACAUGAAAGCCAGAACAUCAGGUAGAAUGAGCAGAGAAAGGAAAGAAUGUCCCAGACCUAGACCUAGACAUACCCAAAGAGCUUUAUCACUUGAUCGUAAGGAAAUUCUUAGGCGUAUGCCAAAAAAAGAAAAUGAUUACGAGGAACCACAAUACCUUCAGCUAACCGAAAAGCAGCGAAUGCGACAGAGAGACGCCAGUCAAGAUUGCGGUAUUCCGCCAAUUCCUCCUUGUCGAAAACCGAGCAGAGGCAGCAAGUCAGACAAAACACAAAAUGAAUUUAAAGUAGUCAGAAUAAUUAGGAAUAAUCCCUCAGAUGAACUCGGAAUAUUUAUUGCCAAAACCAAAUUAACUGACGAAGGUCAUGUGGGUUAUCUAGUCGCGCAUGUAGUUCCAGGUGGAUUAGCGGAAAAGGAAGGUACACUACGCAUAGGCGACGAACUGCUAAAUGUUAAUGGUCGAAGACUUCGCGACCUCACCAUGUCUGAAGCCAAAGAAGCUCUCAAGUCAGGUACCGCAGAUAUCGAUAUAGUGAUUUGUAGGCAACGAGAAAAAUCAGUAGACGCCAGACAGAGGGAACCACCCAAUAGAAGCGUUAUAUUAAUGAGGGAAAGUUCCGUAGACUAUGAAAACGCAAUUAUAUUAGGGAAGGAAAAACGGGCUGACAAAUGUGACGUCAAAAUAGUUCGACGUCGGUCGCAGGAUGAGUCGGCGUGUAAUCAUACUGCGCUAUCAGCGGCGGACGAGUCGACCGACAGCGCUGCGGCGGCACACUCACACUUCCUCAAGGGUCAGAACGCGAGCUACAGCAGCAUGAACAACAAGCUGCUGCGCCGGCAGGUCGUGAGCUACGGUGGCGCCAAUAAAGAUGCGCUCGCGCUCAGUUGUGCCGCCGACGUCGUUAACGUCGAUACGCCGGACGGUAUUGAACGGACAAAAAGUAAAGACGACAGUGAGAGUGAAACACAAACGCCAAAUGCAGCUAACUUUUGUACGUUACCACGGAGACCAAGGGCGCCGACGCACACCUAUCAUACGAUCACGUUCGAGAAGGGCCAUGGAAAGAAACCACUCGGUUUCACUAUUGUUGGAGGGCGCGACUCACCCAGGGGUCCCUUGGGCAUAUUCAUCAAAAGCAUCUUACCUUCAGGACAGGCCAUUGAUGAUGGAAGGCUGAAAGCAGGAGACGAGGUAUUAGCGGUGAAUGGACAAGCAUGUCAUGAGCUGGCGCAUGUAGAAGCGCUUGCGCUCUUCAAGUCAGUGCGCAGUGGACCUAUUGAACUUAGGGUUUGCAGACGAGUUAAAAAUUCACAAUCUACCAAAGCCAAAUCGUGCACAGACCUACUCAAUGAUGACGAGUGA